GGUUUCCUUUAAGCUAAUUUACUUGGCGCGUCUUAGUUUCAAGACACUCAAAACGAGCAGAGAUCUGAUGUCGGCAACAUUUGCACACCCUAAACGAACCUCAAUUUCACACCGACGCGAAAAAUCGGUUCCACAUGAGGUUAAGGAAACUUUAGAUGCAGUUGUAACUGAAACUCAAGAUGGAGAUCGUUGUUUAAACAACUAUGUUUUAAAAGAAGUAAUUGGACAUGGCGCUUUCGGUACAGUGAUUUUAGCUUAUGAUAAAAAUACUAAAACGAAAUAUGCUAUCAAAGAGUUCAGCAAAUCACGUCUUCGUAAAAGAGACAAAGCAAAUUACUUUCGUCGUCCACGUGGCGGCUUGCGAGGAGCUCGAGGUCGAGGAGGGGUAUCGAGAAGCAACACAACCGACCAUAUAACGGAUCCACUACAUUUAAUUCGUGGUGAAGUUGCUGUCUUAAAAAAGUUGAAUCAUGUUAAUGUGGUAAAAUUAUUCGAAGUAUUGGAUGAUCCAAGUAAUGAUUCUCUUUAUAUGGUGUUUGAAAUGUGUGAAAAUGGUGUCCUUAUGGAUAUCAGUGUUAAUAAGAAAAUAACCCCAUUUCCCGAAGAUAAAAUGAGGCUUUAUUUCAGAGAAAUGAUACUCGGAUUUGAAUAUUUGCAUAAUAAUGGAAUUGUUCACCGUGAUAUUAAGCCGGACAAUCUUUUAUUAUCAAAAGAUGAAGUACUUAAAAUUGUAGAUUUCGGUGUGUCUGAAAUGUUUGUCAAGGGAAAUGAUAAAAUGAAGAAAUCUGCCGGUAGUCCGGCCUUCAUGGCACCGGAACUUUGUGUAGCUCAUCAUGGUGAAAUAUCUGGACAAGCUGCAGACAUCUGGUCUAUGGGAGUAACUUUGUACUGUCUUGCCUUUGGGUGUUUGCCUUUCGAGAAGGAUAACUUGCUUGAAUUAUAUGAAUCAAUAAAAAACGACGAAUUUAAUAUCCCAGAAGGAACAGAUCCCGAUUUAAAAGAUCUUUUUCAUAAGGUUCUUGAGAAAGAUCCAGCGAAAAGGAUUACAAUGCAAGAGCUUCGUGUACAUCCGUGGGUAACUGAGAAGGGAACUGAUCAACUCAUAUCUACCGAAGUAAAUUGUACCGAUAUGGUUACUGACAUUACAGACGAUGAAUUGAGAUCUGCCAUCAAAACAAUUAGUAUGGGUACUGCCAUUGCCGUGAUUGUUGCUGGUAAUAAAUGGAGGAGAAUUUCCAAAUCACAUCAACAUAUGUCAUCAGCGGAUUUGGAAAAAUUCAAAGCAAUGGGUAUUGCCGAUGAAAUAAAUAAAAAAAAUAACAAAAAUAAUAAAGAAAGUAAUGAAGAAAAUAGUGAAAAAAAUAAUGAAGAAAAUAACGACGAAAAGAAAAAUAUUGAUAGAAACGAAGUUACAGUUGCUACAGAAUAACCUAAAAAUCAAAUUUUUAUUAAUCAAGACAAAACAUGUUAAAGCUUUAAAAUUUGAUUAGUCAUUUUUUUAUUUUUUUUUAUUUAUUUUUUUUUUUUUCAAAAAAAAAA